AAACUAAACCGAGAUGGAAUCUCCCAGUCUGAACCGGUUUCAACCGGUUGCGAGAGGAGAGAGAGGGGAGAGGAAAGGAGGCGCAGGCAGGCAGGCACACACGCAACCUCCGCACCAAGACCCGCCGCUGGACAUUUAACAAUAGUUCACCAAUUUAUGAAGUGAAACACGUUUAUUUUUAUAUUUUUUCUUACCGUAAAAUGUGUCGGAGCGACACAUCGCAGGGUUCGCCGUGAGAGAAAGAUUUAGGGAUAAAUCAGUGGGUUUUUCCUCUUUAAAAGAAGCAGCCAGACAUCACUCACUGGAGACAGACAACGCUGCACUAAAUAGGAAAUAUAUAUAUUUUUUAUUUUCCCUUCAUUCAUCAGUGAUACUGAAGCGCUCACUGUAUCUUUGUAGUUCCUCUGGCUACAAACGCCACUCUUUUUCAGUCAGAGCCUUGGACUUUAGAGCUCUAUGCCAGCAGUUAUGACAAUGUUAGCAGACCAUGCAGCACAGCAGCUGCUGGACUUCAACCAGAAACUGGAUAUCAACCUGCUGGACAAUGUGGUGAACUGUCUGUAUCAUGGAGUGGGACCACAGCAAAGAAUGGCCCAAGAAGUGUUGACGCACUUAAAAGAGCAUCCGGACGCCUGGACGAGAGUGGACACCAUCCUGGAGUUUUCCCAGAACAUGAACACUAAAUACUAUGCUCUUCAGAUUCUGGAAACGGUUAUCAAAACGAGAUGGAAGAUUCUGCCCAGGAAUCAGUGUGAAGGUAUAAAAAAGUACGUUGUCGGUCUCAUUAUCAAGACUUCGUCAGACGCGUCACAAGUGGAGAAAGAAAAAGUGUACAUUGGGAAGCUGAACAUGAUCCUUGUUCAGAUCCUGAAGCAGGAGUGGCCCAAACACUGGCCCACCUUCAUCAGUGACAUCGUGGGAGCCAGUCGCACCAGCGAGAGCCUCUGUCAGAACAACAUGGUCAUCCUGAAGCUGCUCAGUGAAGAGGUCUUUGACUUCUCCAGCGGGCAGAUGACCCAGGUCAAGGCCAAGCAUCUAAAAGACAGCAUGUGCAAUGAAUUCUCCCAGAUUUUCCAGCUCUGCCAGUUUGUUAUGGAAAACUCCCAGAAUGCCCCUCUGGUCCACGCCACGCUGGAGACCCUCCUACGUUUUCUGAACUGGAUUCCUCUGGGCUACAUUUUUGAAACCAAACUGAUCAGCACGUUGGUUUAUAAGUUUUUGAACGUGCCCAUGUUCCGCAACGUGACUCUGAAGUGCCUGACGGAGAUCGCCGGCGUCAGCGUCAGUCAGUACGAGGAGCAGUUCGUCACACUCUUCACUCUGACCAUGUGUCAGCUCAAACAGAUGCUGCCUCUGAACACCAACAUACGUUUGGCCUACGCCAACGGGAAAGACGACGAGCAGAACUUCAUCCAGAACCUCAGCCUGUUCCUCUGCACGUUCCUCAAAGAGCACGGGCAGCUCAUCGAGAAGCGACUCAACCUUCGAGAAACGUUAGUGGAAGCUCUCCAUUACAUGCUGCUGGUGUCCGAGGUGGAAGAGACAGAGAUCUUUAAGAUUUGUCUGGAGUACUGGAACCACUUGGCAGCAGAGCUGUACAGAGAGAGUCCCUUCUCCACGUCCACGUCACCUCUGCUCUCCGGCAACCAGCACUUUGACGUCCCACCACGCAGACAGCUCUAUCUGCCUGUGCUGUCGAAGGUGCGUCUGCUGAUGGUGAGUCGGAUGGCCAAACCCGAGGAGGUGCUGGUGGUGGAGAACGACCAGGGCGAGGUGGUCAGGGAGUUCAUGAAGGACACGGAUUCAAUCAACCUCUACAAGAACAUGAGGGAAACCCUCGUGUACCUCACUCACCUGGACUACGCCGACACGGAGCGCAUCAUGACGGAGAAGCUUCACAACCAGGUGAACGGCACCGAGUGGUCCUGGAAGAACCUCAACACGCUGUGCUGGGCCAUCGGCUCCAUCAGCGGAGCGAUGCACGAGGAGGACGAGAAGAGGUUCCUGGUCACGGUCAUCAAGGAUCUGCUGGGUCUGUGUGAACAGAAAAGAGGAAAGGACAACAAGGCCAUCAUCGCCUCCAACAUCAUGUACAUCGUGGGUCAGUAUCCACGCUUCCUCAGAGCGCACUGGAAGUUCCUCAAAACUGUCGUCAACAAGCUGUUUGAGUUCAUGCAUGAAACCCACGACGGAGUCCAGGACAUGGCCUGUGACACGUUCAUCAAAAUUGCCCAGAAAUGCCGGCGCCACUUUAUCCAGGUGCAGGUCGGCGAGGUGAUGCCGUUCAUCGACGAGAUCCUCAACAACAUCAACACCAUCAUCUGUGACCUGCAGCCGCAGCAGGUGCACACGUUCUACGAGGCGGUCGGUUACAUGAUCGGGGCACAGACGGAUCAGGCCGUUCAGGAGCAUCUCAUAGAGAAAUACAUGCUGCUGCCCAAUCAAGUGUGGGACAGCAUCAUCCAGCAGGCCACAAAGAACGUGGACAUCCUGAAGGACCCAGAGACGGUGAAGCAGCUGGGCAGCAUCCUGAAGACCAACGUGCGAGCGUGCAAGGCCGUGGGACACCCGUUCGUCAUCCAGCUGGGACGGAUCUACCUGGACAUGCUCAACGUCUACAAGUGCCUCAGCGAGAACAUCUCUGCUGCCAUUCAGACAAAUGGUAAGGGAGGUGAGAUGGUGACGAAACAGCCGCUCAUCCGAAGCAUGAGGACGGUAAAACGGGAAACACUGAAGCUGAUCUCAGGCUGGGUCAGCCGAUCUAACGACCCACAGAUGGUCGGGGAGAACUUUGUCCCGCCGUUGCUGGACGCUGUCCUCAUCGACUACCAGCGCAACGUCCCUGCCGCGCGAGAGCCCGAGGUCCUCAGCACCAUGGCGACCAUCGUGAACAAACUGGGAGGUCACAUCACCAGUGAGAUCCCACAGAUCUUUGACGCCGUCUUUGAGUGCACGCUGAACAUGAUCAACAAGAACUUUGAGGAGUAUCCAGAACACAGGACUCACUUCUUCUACCUGCUUCAGGCUGUAAACUCUCACUGCUUCCCCGCAUUCCUCGCCAUCCCACCAGCCCAGUUCAAACUGGUGCUGGACUCCAUCAUCUGGGCCUUUAAACACACCAUGAGGAACGUGGCCGACACCGGUUUACAGAUUCUCUACACGAUGCUGCAGAACGUGGCUCAGGAAGAAGCAGCAGCUCAGAGUUUCUAUCAGACGUAUUUCUGUGACAUCCUGCAACACAUCUUCUCUGUGGUCACGGACACGUCGCACACAGCAGGUCUGACCAUGCACGCGUCCAUCCUGGCCUACAUGUUCAACCUGGUGGAGGAGGGGAAGAUCACCACUCCACUCAAUCCUGCCAGUCCUUCCAACAACCAGGUGUUCAUCCAGGAGUACGUGGCUAACCUGCUCAAGACGGCCUUCCCUCAUCUACAGGAUGCUCAGGUGAAGGUGUUUGUGACGGGCCUGUUCAGCUUAAACCAGGACAUUCCUGCCUUUAAAGAACAUCUGAGAGAUUUCCUGGUCCAGAUCAAGGAGUUUGCGGGCGAGGACACGUCAGAUCUGUUCCUGGAGGAGCGGGAGGCGUCGCUGCGUCAGGCCCAGGAGGAGAAACACAAGAUCCAGAUGUCGGUGCCGGGAAUCCUGAACCCGCACGAGAUCCCCGAGGAGAUGUGCGACUGAGCGUCAGCUCCAGCCAGGACUGUGUACAGUAAACUGCAAACAAACAAACAAACAAACAAAAGCGUAACCACAGCAGACACAACAAAACCCAAGAGAGAGGCACUUGAGUGACUGAGUGAGUGUGUGAGUGAGAGAGAGGUGGGAGGAGGAGGAGGAGGCGGCUCCAGGUUUUCGUCCUCGCCACCGCCGUCGUGUGUUUGUUUGUUGACCAAAACGAUGCCAAUAAACGUGUAAAUGACCGCCGUCGCCCUGUGCCCCGCCCCCUCCUCUUUGUACCUAAUCUGCGUUUUCUACGGGAACUCUUUUUUUGUGUAACAUUGUUUCCAGAAAGCGUUUGAAUCAAAAGUCUCUGCAUGAAGAUGAUGAGCUCCUUUCUUUUCUUUCUCUCCCUCCAUAUAUUUGUUUAUAUAUAAAUAUAUUAUAUUUACAAUCUGAGCAGGGUUUUGGUUUUUUUUUCACACAGGAAGUGGUCUUUUUUUUCUUUUCUUUUUUUUUAAAGAUGCACCGUCCCCACACGGCAUUGUGGGAGAAUGUGAAUCUAAACGGAGAGUGAAUGAAUGAAUGAAUGAAUGCAGAGCGAACAGAGACACAGAAUCUGCCGCUCAUAAAUUAUACUUUUCACCUUUAAAAAAACAACAAAAUAAUAAAAUGAAAUAAAGGAACGACAUUUUUUGGGGGGAAGUAAACGUGGAUUUUGUGCAUAUCAUCCCGACUGUAUUAUAGCAUCUUUACUACCAUGGGAACAUUAUUAUUAUUAUUAUUAUUAUUAUUAUUGUUAUGAUGUUUGUCCUUCUUUUAUUCACGUGUGUGUGCGUGUGUGUGUGUGUGUGUGCUGUCGCAGAGUCGACAUCAGCGUUUUGUUUUCCUCUGAGAGGAUUGUCGCUCACGUGUGAGAGGAUUGUCGCUCACGUGUGAGCCUUCAUUACUGGGACGAUGUUUGAGGAAAAGUGGCGUUAACGGACGUAUUUAUGGUUAUUUUUUCUUUGUUCUCGCUCAGUUUAUAACAAACUCCUGAUAAAUAAAACUCGGCUUUUCCAGAUUCUCCUUAUUUUUUGGGUUGUACUAAUUUUAGAUUGUUUACCGUGUAGUGUUUUCACGACGCUAGAAAAAAACAAACGACUGGGUUUACAUUUUUUUUUUGUAUUUCUUUGUUUCAGUUGAUGUUUUUUAUGUUUGUUUUUUUUCGUCCAAAAUCGAUUUUAAAAAUGCUUUUUUUUGUUUUGUUUUGGGUUUUUUUGUCCACCGAGAAAAUGAAUUUGCCAUCGAGUUGAAUUAGAAAAAAAGAAUGUAUAAAAUCCAAAUAAGCGCCCGCUCUCGAACGACGAGUUUCCCUUCUCAAGGUGUUACAUUUGUUGUGAACUUUUUUGAACUGAUUAAAGCUGAGAAUUUUAUAA